AUGAGCAGUUACCAUGAUUCGAAUGUGAUAGAGCUCGCCGGAAAAAUCUUGAUAGUGUCAAUCGUAGUCUUGUCUGUGGUUUUGAUCUUCGUUUUCUUUGUUCACCUCUACACCAAGUGGUUCUGGCACCGCCGUGAGGAAAACCAGAACGGCUCCAACACCCUCCGUCGCCGUCGUCGGGGAGAUUUUACAGCGGGUCACCAGGAACAGCAAUCUGGUGUCACCGUUCUCCGGCGUGGAUUGAACCCCUCAUUCUUGAAAACGAUACCGGUUAUUCCGUUCGACCCGAAAGACUUCAAAGAUGGAUUAGAAUGCGCUGUUUGUUUAUCAGAGCUCGAUGAAGGAGAAAAAACUCGAAUUCUACCAAAAUGUAGCCAUGGAUUUCAUGUUGAAUGCAUUGAUAUGUGGUUUCAUUCACAUUCGACCUGUCCGAUUUGCAGAGACCCUGUUUCCGAUCAGAUUGAAAUUUCAGUCGAGCAUUUGCUUGAAAUUCGUCAAACACAAGAAGAAUCAACAGAAAACGGGGAUUCACAAACUUUCCCAACAAAUAUCCUGUUUUGGGGAGAUGAAACUGAAGUUAGCACGUUGACUUCUCAAUUCGAAGAAGCCAAUAAUCAUCAAACACCAAUUUCAACUUCCGAACCAUCUUCUUCUUCACCAUCAAACGCCAUUAACAACCAAUUAAGACCAGUUUUAGUGAUCGACAUACCACAACAGAUCGACGAUGAUGAAGAUCAAAAAUCACCAGUUUCAUAUCGAAUGAGAUCAUUAAAAAGAAUUUUGAGCGGCAGUAGAAGGUUUAUUAACCCCUUUGGUCCCGCUACUACCAAUGUCGAACAAAGAACCAGAAGCGAUCUAUGA